AUGACCGAUUCAAUUGUGAAUAGUUCGACUAUGUAUAAGAAAACAUUUAAAAAUAUACCACCAACUCCACUUACAGAACUCAUUGAAUCUACCAACUAUACUUUAAACUUUACGAAACGAAAGUUUUUACAUAUUGGAAUCGAUCCAGCUGACAUGUUUAGAGUAGCAGUGCAUAUAAUAACUCCUACACGUUACGUUAAUAUUUCAAUUGAAUUUCUAAAAAGAAUAUUUUCAUUGAUGGGUAAUAUCCUGUCAUUUAUUUUGGAGCAGCCUGGAAAAUAUAAAAGAACUAUUUUCAUUGAGACAGACAAAUUUAAAUUAUCUAGUAUGAUGUACACUGGAGAAAACGUCUUAGUAAUAGAGUCUAAGACAGAUGAGGGUUGUCGAAUUCUUUUAAAUCGUAUGGAGCUCAUACGACUUCACUACCUAGAAUGGUGCAUUUUCGAAACAAUCGUACGAAAAUCAACUAUAAUGCAUCCAAUCGUCUUAAAACAAUUCAAUAUAUUUACGAAUUAUAUUAAUGGUGAACUUUCCAAAGCGGAAUCAUUGCCGAGAACGAGUGAAGAAAUGACUACGUUUAUUAAAAAUGUGCGUGACGAUCAUAUUAUUGCAAGCAGUCCUAAACAUGAUGUUAAUUUCAUUAGUCAGCUCAAAAUGUAUGCAUUAGCGCAAUUAACUGAACAUUGCAUGCAACGGUGGAAUGGGGAAAUGUCUCCAAAGCCGUUUGAUGGUAAUUUAACAAUCAUUUCACCGACCUCGCCAACCUAUUUGCCCUCGAGCAUCACGAAAGUCGACAUAUUUGACAUUCAUGAUGAAAAAGUAAAUAAUGUGAAGCCGUACGAUUCAUUUGACGGCAUGCUGUCACUCGAUGAAAAUGAUGGCCCCGAUUUUUUCAAUGUGCGAACCGUAUCAGAUGCAAACCACGCAACGUAUGCAAUGUUUCCAAGACCAUUAUAAUGAGGGUGGAACAUAACAAACUCUUUUUAAUAAUUAAUUAUACGAU